AUGAGUUCAUGUUUUCCUCGAAAAGACGAGAAUAAUUUGAAGAAUAGUGCAAUGUUACUGAAACAGUUAAUUGCCACAUGUAAUGGCAAAUGUAAUCCUAUUCGUAGUUUUUCCGAGAAAGAGCUCAGUAAAGCAACUAUUAAUUAUGACAAUGAGAGAUUAAUUACAACAAAUAAACUUUUUUAUAGGUUGUACAAUGGCUUUCUACAAGACCGUCAGAUUUGUGUUAUGAAGUUUGAACCCAUUUGCUUACCACAGGAAGAAGAAGUAAUCCAACGGGGCAUCAACAACAUUGUAUUUGCAACACAAAUGAAACAUAAGAAUUUUCUGAAGUUGAUCGGAUGUUGUUUAGAAACUCGAUUUCCCAUUCUAGUUUUUGAUUCCGUUGGAUGUAUUAGACUUACUGAUCGUAUUUGGGGUCAUUCUCGACCCCGUCUUGGACCUUUAUUGUUGAAACUUAGGUUAAAGAUUGCAAUGGAGAUGGCUCAUGCACUUGCAUAUCUUCACUUUGGAUUCCCUAGACCUAUUGUUUUUGGAAGUCUCACACCGUGGAACAUUUUACUUGAUGAGCAAAAUGUUGUAAAACUAUUUGAUUUUUCAAUAUCUGAGUUUAUUCCAGAGGGUAAAACUCACUUGGAAGUCCCUUUGACAAAAAAAUUAUGGUAUGAAUAUGUUCCACCCGACAUUUUACAUGCAAUAGCUCCCAAUGAGAAGUUUGCUUGCAAUGAGAAGUUUGAUAUAAUAGAUCCGGUAAUUGUUGGAGAGGGAAUAUGUUCAGUAAAAGAACAACAAUUGCUAGCUCUUGCAAGGCUUGUGUCGGAAUGUCUCCGUCCUGAACCAGAAGAUAUGCCAAAUAUGAUAGAUGUGGCAAAGCAACUCAGACAAAUGUACAAAUCUAGUUAG